GGGAUUAGGUGGGUACAUGACAAGCUCUUCUUAAACUUUGACCCGAAGACACCUAUACUCUUUUUUUUUUUUCCCUAAAGGAACAUUUAGAAUCCACUUUGUCCUUUAUUUUUUUUUUGUUUUCUUUAUCUUUAUCAUCAUAAUCACAACAACUUCCAUGCAGUCGAUGGAGUACCGUUACCUAGGCAACUCUGGCCUCAAAGUCAGUGUCUUGUCUCUUGGAUCGUGGAUUACGUUUGGUGGUCAAAUCACGCUUGAACAAACGACGGAAAUUGUAAAAACCGCUUUGGAACUAGGGAUCAACCAUUUUGAUGUAGCUGAAUCGCAUGCAGGCGGGCAAGGAGAAAUUGAUCUGGGGUUGGCAUUACGAAACCAAAAAGGACUGAAACGGUCAGAUUUCGUAUUGUCAACCAAGGUCUUUUGGGGCGGGAAAGGACCCAAUGAUCGAGGAUUAUCGCGAAAGCAUGUAUUUGAAGGCACUGUCGCGUCGUUGCAACGGUUGCAAUUAGACUAUGUUGAUAUCAUAUAUGCGCAAAGACCAGAUCCAGAUACCCCUAUGGACGAAAUUGUAAGGGCAUUCAAUUGGUGUAUUGAUAAGGGGAUGGCAUUGUAUUGGGCUACCAGUGAAUGGCCACCAUACCUUAUUAUGGAGGCACAUGCAGUUGCGUCCAAAUUGCAGUUAAUUGCUCCCAUUACCGAGUCACCGCAAUAUAACAUGCUUAAUCGAGAACGAGCCGAAAAAGAAUAUUUGCCACUGUAUCAAAAGUUUCGAAUGGGUACCUGUAUCUGGUCCCCUUUAGCUUCUGGUCUUUUGACUGGAAAGUAUAAUGACGGCGUCAUCCCGCCAUAUUCCCGCCUUGCUAUACAAGAUCAUCCGGUCAUCAACAGGUUACGGGCCGGGUUCUUCAGCGAGGAGGGCCGACGAAAGAUUGAAAAGGUCAAACUGAUAUGUCAAAUUGCUCAGCGACUGGGCUGCACACCUGCACAGUUAUCGAUUGCAUGGUGUUUACGGUGCCCACACGUUUCCUCUGUCAUUAUUGGCGCAUCUACGCCGGAACAAGCCAAAGAAAACAUCCAGGCAUUGAAGAUACGACACUUAUUGACCGACGAGGUCAUGCAUGACAUCGAUCGGGUGCUGGGUAACAAACCUGAGCCGAUCUUUGAUUUCCGGCAGUCGUAAACUAACAAAACAAAAAGCAACAAAUAACCUGAUCCUCCAUUUCAUUCCAUCCGCACACACAUUCACGUUAUCCACAUUCAGACACACACACACACACACGCAUGCCCUUUUCUCUACAUAGUCGUCUCUCUCUCUCUCUCUCUCUCUCUCUCUCUCUCUCU